AUGGCGGAAGAAAUGGAAGGCGUGGUUUCGGUAAUUCCGAACCGAAAAUUCAAGCUUCAAACGACAAGAUCGUGGGACUUUGUGGGCAUCACAAGUGCCAAACUUCCACCGGCUCAAGAAGGAGAAGUUAUCGUUGGGCUCCUAGAUACUGGAGUCUGGCCAGAAUCGAAGAGUUUUGACGACGACGGUUUAGGCUCACCGCCCGCUAAAUGGAAGGGUAAAUGCCAAGGUGAAGAUUCGGAACAUAAGGAUUUAUACUGUGUGACAAUUGACACAUAUUGUAUUCUUCUCUUGGCUGCAAAAUACAUUUUAAUUUUUAUUAUUUUUAUUACAUCUGAGUAUAUAGCGGUUAAUAAUCAAAUAUGCAAACUGAAAACUCACAGCAAAAUCAUUGGCGCUCGGUACUACAAUGCUGAUGGGUUCUAUGAACCCAUAGACUUCAAAUCCCCACGAGACUCCCUUGGGCAUGGAAGCCACACUGCCUCGACAGCUGCAGGCCGAGAAGUGCCCGGGGCGAGCUACUUUGGCCUUGCUAACGGAACUGCUAGAGGUGGAGUGCCGAAUGGAAGGAUUGCUGUGUACAAAGUUUGCUGGGGAGAAGGAUUUUGCUCCCUUGCAGAUAUCCUCGCAGGCUUUGACGAUGCAAUAGCAGAUGGGGUUGACAUCAUUUCCGUGUCCCUUGGUGGUGGUUUUACAGUUCCAUACUAUGAGGACCCCAUUGCAAUUGGCUCUUAUCACGCCAUGAAACACGGCAUUUUGACCUCCGCCUCUGCUGGAAACGACGGGCCUCAACCGUUAGUGCUUAGCAAUUAUGCACCGUGGAUACUAACUGUUGCUGCCAAUACUAUUGACAGAAAGUUCAUAUCUAAAGCAGUGCUGGGGAAUGGACAAGUUUUAUAUGGAGUCACAAUUAACAGUUUCGAUCUAUAUGGGAGGUCGUAUCCCUUGAUCUGGGGAGGAGAUGCCGCAAACUACUCGGCCGGAAUAAACAAAGAGAUUGCAAAAUAUUGUUUACCUGGUACCUUGGAUUCAUACCUAGUAACUGGGAAAAUUGUCUUCUGUGAAGCUCUCUGGGAUGGCUCUGGAGUUCUGUUAGAUAAUGGUGUUGGAACCAUCAUGGCUGAUCCUUCAACCCCCAUUGAUGAUGGGUUCAGCUUCCCAUUGCCGACUACAACUCUAUCUGUAGAUGAUGGCAAGAAAGUUUUGGAAUACAUCAAAAACACAGAGAACCCAAUUGCAACCAUUCUGUAUGGUGAGACUUGGUAUGACCCCAUGGCACCUUCUGUAGUGUCAUUCUCCUCAAGAGGACCCAAUCCCAUCACUGGAGACAUUCUCAAGCCUGAUAUCACUGCUCCUGGUGUUGACAUUCUUGCUGCUUGGUCUCCGGUGUCACCACCUUCCGUCUACUAUGACGACAAGAGGCAAGUAGAUUAUAAUAUAAUUUCGGGCACUUCUAUGUCUUGCCCUCAUGCAAGUGGUGCUGCUGCAUAUGUCAAGGCUGCCCAUCCAAACUGGUCUCCUGCUGCAAUCAAGUCUGCGCUAAUGACCACAGCUACUGUUGUGGACCCAAGGAAGCACGAGGAUAAAGAAUUCGCCUAUGGUGCGGGGCAGAUCUACCCAGUAUAUGCAGCAGACCCUGGUCUCAUCUACGAUGCGUACGAGGCAGAUUACAUAGAUUUCCUCUGCAAACAGGGAUACAACACCACCACUUUAAGGCUUCUGACAGGCGACAAUACCACUGUUUGUAACAGCACAAAGCCCGGGAGAGGUUGGGAUCUUAACUAUCCGUCGUUCUCAGUUGCCGUGGAAGAUGGAGAGAGUAUCCAUGCGGUUUUCACCAGGACGGUCACCAACGUUGGUUCACCAGAUUCGGUCUAUAACAUCAGCAUUUUCCUGGCUGCCAAUGUUGGCGUUUCCGUGGAACCACCGGUCUUGUCAUUCUCUGCCAUUGGAGAGAAGAAAAGCUUCACGGUGAAGGUCACCGGUCUGCCAAUAGCACAGCAGAAUAUCGUGUCCGGUGCACUCAUCUGGAGGGACGGGUACUAUCAGGUGAGAAGCCCAAUUGUGAUCUACAACUACAUCCCUGGUAUUGCUUCGGACUACCAGUCUGAUGCACCUGAAAAGAAACCAAAUUUCAAAGGUUCUUCCUUGAAUCCCAGAAAUGGAAUCUUCAGACGCAACUAGACUCUCUUCGAGGUUUUCCUGCAUUUGAUGUGUCGUGAAUCCAUCAUACUCUUUUCCACCU